UAGAUAUUUUAUUAUCCACAAGUGUAUUCAGUAGUGAAAAACAUAAGCAAUAUCACGUAUGAGGAUGUGUGAUUAAAGGGGGAGGAGAAACCAAGCAGGCGACCCUCCAGCCGCCGCUCCUCAUCACCAUUAUCUAGCCCAGUCAGUGCGAGUGUGUGGCGGUCACACGGACUGCGCUCGCUUGGUCCUUUACAACUUCUAAAGCUUAUCACCAGCACGCAGCGACCUCAUUUUUCUUGAAAAUAUCCAUCAUCCGUUGUCCAUGGACCCCUGCGGGGAGCCUGUCGACCGACCUCCGAGCUCGUGGCAUUGAGUGACCCGGUACCUGUCCACCCAGUAGGACCGGUUGCCGAUAGUCCACUGCAGUCUGCCACUAUGGAAGAAUAGCAAAGGGAAUCUCUCCUUCUUCACAGAAACCGUUGUACCUGUGCCCCCCCCCCCUCCCCCAAAACUAACACACAGACAAAUCCCACCCCCUUGCUGUCUCCUUUGCCAGUCAGGCGGCGAGGUGGGCAGCGGCCUUGUCAUCCUGCUAAAAGCGUUGUGGCUGCAUACGCUCGCCCCUUUUGUCAUGGAGACUGCUGCUGUUGUUGUUGUUACCGUAGAGUCUCUCAGGCACAGGGAAAAGCAGGAGGCGGUGUGAAGUUUGCAAAAAAAGACAGGAAGACGUCCGCCGGACCUGCGGAAGGACAUGAAAUUCAGCAGGGGGGUGAAAAGCACGCCAUGCGGCACCAGCGUCGCCCCCUUUCGCCAGUCAGAGAUUGGACCAAAAGCCAGGUUUUGAAAUAUUUGGAACAAACUUAAUCUGCAGCGAGGAAUGAAUUGAGCAAUGGAAGACUGAUUUUUUUUUUUUUUUUUUUGUCCUCCUCCCUUUUUGGAAGAACUUUACUCUUGGUCUGUUUGGUGGUGGUCUCCCGGAGUGAAAGCCCACCAAAAGUGCCUUUUUUACGUUGCGUUAGAUUUGUGAAUAUUUUUUGAUUUGACUUCGGGGUGGAUGCCGACAUGACCAACAAAUAGCGGAAAAUCCACCGCUUCCUUGCGAUAGGGCGCAGACUUUCACACGUUGCCUUGCUUCCCGUACCACCAUGAUCUCACUGCAGUCCAAAUGGCGUUACCUGUUCAUGUUCCUGGGCAUCCAGCUGGUGGUCAUGGCGUUGCUGUCCCGGGAGGGCUACCAGAAGAGGGUCUCCUACUUCAUACGCAUCUUCCGCAAGUCGGACCCCGCCGGCGCGCAGGCUCAGAACCGCACGGCCACAGACGUGCCCGUCGGCAACGUGUACGCCAACCUCUCUCGCCUGUCUAAGGCGGAGACCGAUGGAGGAGAUAUCUUCUACUGUCCCAAGACGUCGCCUCUCUUAGCCGGGCCGAUCCACGUCAGCUUCCCGUCAGGCCUCACGCUGGCCGAGGUGCGGCGCAAGAAUCCGCUAGUGGAGCGCGGCGGGCGCUACCGGCCGGCCAACUGCGAGGCGCGCCACCGCACGGCCGUAGUCAUCCCGCACCGCCAUCGCGAGCACCACCUCAGGUUCCUACUCUACUACCUGCACCCGUUCCUGCAGCGUCAGCAGCUCAACUACGCCAUCUACGUCAUUCACCAGGCGGGCAGCUACACAUUCAACCGGGCCAAGCUGAUGAACGCCGGCUUCCGCGAGGCCAUGCGUGAGGAGGACUGGGACUGCCUGUUCUUCCACGACGUGGACCUCAUCCCCGAGGACGAUCGCAACACCUACGUGUGCGACGCAAACCCCAAGCACGCCGCCAUUGCCAUGGACAAGUUUGGUUACAAGCUUCCGUAUCAGAUGUACUUUGGAGGAGUGUCGGCUCUCACGCCUCUCCACUACCUCAAAAUGAAUGGCUUCCCCAACAACUACUGGGGCUGGGGCGGCGAGGACGACGACAUCGGUGUCAGAGUGUCUCUGGCGGGAAUGUCCAUCUCGCGUCCGUCCCUGAAGGUGGGCCGCUAUAAGAUGAUCAAACACAAGCUGGACAAAGGCAAUGAUGUCAACCCAAAGAGGUUCAACAUGCUGGCCAAGACGCGUCACACUUGGAAGCUGGACGGUAUGAACACGGCUGAGUAUGAAGUUUUGUCCCGGGAGUACCUCCCGCUCUACACAAACAUCACUGUCCACAUCGGCACCGAGGCCGGGCUGAAACCGCUGCCACCACGGCCCACUGUCCCGAUCUCUGCCAAGGCCUCUGUCAAGGCCGCCACUCCGAAACCUGACAAAUAGCCCGUUGUCAUUUUUUUUUUUUUUUUUUUUUUUUGAGAGGCCUUAUUCGUCCUCGCGGACUUGGCGCAUCUUUUGAAAAAUAUCAACUACCCCUGUCGCGUUGGACUCUGUGAGUUUAUCGACGGUGCCGCCAUAUGCUGGCUGCUCAAACCUCCUGAUGCCUUCCAAUACUUGCGCAAUCCUAUCUUCCACUAUUGAUGCUCCUUCGUUUACUUCUUUUCAAGUGGGGAGGGGGUGGUGGGUGUGAUGCUACUACAGUCAAAGGAUAUGGCCUAGUGUACACAUUUUGAGAAAAUGAAUACUUAACAAGCAUAUCGUGGCACAUUUUGCAGUAGUUUCAUAUUUCACUUCCACAGGUGGUAUUUGCAGUUAAUUCCACAGGCCUUCAUAUUUGACUUUUUGUGUUUGAUGGGUAGGACACAAAGCGGCCAGGUUGCAAAAAAAUUAUCAGUCCAAUUAAGUUAUCAUUAAGAAAAGGAUAAAUAUCAAUAUUUUGAGCACAAUUCCUUUUUUUUUUUUUUUUUUUUUUAACAUUUUUAUAUGGAUAUUUAGUUAGUCUACCAAAAAUAAUCAAAAAGAAACCAACAAAUUAGAAUUAUAUUCAUGUCAACAGCGGUGCCUGAAAAGAACUUCAAUGAGUAUUAUAAAGUGAAAAGUAAUU